AUGCCGACAGCGGCCCACUGUAUCUGCCGAGGGCAUCCGGUCGCCGAGCCCGCCCAUGUUAAGGACGUGACAGGCGCGCUGCAUUUGGCUCGGCCCGUAGAUCCGAAGCAGCAGCUCCUUGAGGCUUGUGUAUUUCCCCACGACCAGCGGGAAUUCCAGCCCAGCCCAGCCCAGCCCACAGCGGGCUGCUCUCGCCCCUCAAGUCGUGUUCUCAGCCGGCAAAGUGAAGCAAGGUCCCCCUGCGACGAUUCAGGGUCGGUGGGUGACAGGGGCCGGAGUCUGGGUCUCGCAGCUUCACCGGGGCCGCGGUCAAACUCGGGUCCGGAGCGACUGAGCCUCUGGCAGCUGCGGUCUAUAAUAGUUUCCUCUUAUUUUCAGCCUAUUGGGAGAAGUGCUAAAUUGGUGCGUUUUAUGGAUCACAGAAUGCGCUGUGUUCUUCAGGACAGCCGUGUUUUCAUUGGAACUUUAAAAGCUUUCGACCGGCAUAUGAACUUGAUUCUUUGUGACUGUGAUGAAUUCAGGACGUUGAAAUCAAAGAAUUCCAAGAAGGGAGAACGGGAAGAAAGAAGGUCGCUUGGACUUGUGUUGCUUCGAGGAGAGACACUUGUAACAAUGACUGUGGAAGGGCCUCCUGUGAGAGAGGUUGGCAUGUCCAAAGUUGCAGUUCGUGGUCCUGGUGUUGGCAGAGCAGCAUUGCAAGGAAUACCUGUCGGUAUAUCAAUGAUCCAGAUACCUACAGGUCUAGCUGGACCAGUAAGGGGGGUUGGCGGUCCUUCACAAGAGGUAAUGACACCUCGGGCUGGGGAAUGUGGAGGUGUACCUGCUCCUAGUUUUUCUGCUGCCCCUCAACCCCACAUACUAAUGAGAGGGGUCCCACCUCUUGUGAAUCUUGUGGAAGCAAGAGCAGGCUUUCUGGGACCGCCACCUCCUGGCUUGAGAUUUCCAUCUGGACUCUCAAUGGGGAUGCCUUCAGCCAGAGGAGUUCCCAUGGGAAUGCUGCCAGGAAUUAGACCACCAAUGUUGCCCAGGAUGAGAGGUUUCCCUGGAUCACGAACAAAUCCUCCAAGGCCUUAG